CCAACGUCAACACGCACCCCACAUCCAGGAGGAAGCUGAGGAAGAUGGCCUACAGACUAUACGAAGCAUGAUCACACCCUCCUCUCCGGAUGCCCUCAGUCAAUGAGUACACUAUUCGAAGUUAUACAGUACAAUACGCACAAAUCAAAGGAUGAGGUCAUGGCCACAUUUCUACGCGAUCCCCGAGUCCUCCGUGCCUCCGUUAUUGCAAUCCAAGAACCAUGGAGAAACGAAUUGAAUGAUACAACACACCAACCUGCAAGGCUCACGCACCAACUACUCUAUCCCAAAUCAAAGAACAAUCAAAGAGCCCGUGUGGCCUUAUUCGUUAAUAAAAGUAUCGAUCCAGCCAGCUGGUCUCACACUGUUGUGUCGCCUGAUUACCAAAUUCUACAUAUUCGCUAUCAACGCCGUCUACCCAACUCCAAUCCUGAAUCGUACGAACCACAUGAUCUCUACAUCCACAAUAUCUAUAGAAGCUCACGAACCUCAGCACACCUAGUGCUUGGGGAUAUGAAUGUUCACCAUCCAGCCUGGGGUGGCCCUGGCACAAAAAUCGACGAACAAGCCACCAAAUUACUUGAAAUCAUGGAUCGCCAUGGAAUCGAGCUCACUACUGAGGAAGGAGUAGUCACCUGGGAGCGUGGCCAAUCACAAUCGACCAUUGACCUAACAUUCCUCUCUACAUCGUUAUUUAAUCGACUUAUAUUGCAUGAGCGCGCUGAUGAGAUACAACAUGACUCAGAUCACAGGCCAAUUAGAAUGCAGAUCGAUAUCGACACUCCGACCUACGAACUACCACAUCGCCGUAACUGGGCAGCCACAAGUGUCAAAUUACUGCACGAACUGCUUAGCCAAAUCACCGUGCCAAUCCUCACGAAUGCGUUAAAAUCUCAUAUUGAGCUUGCAACAGUGGCUUUUACGGCAACUAUACGAAAGGCAGUUGACCAAUCAGUUCCAUGGGCUCGCCCAGGUCGUUCCACAAUAUUUCUUUUUCUCGUCGUAUGAUUUGUCUGGCUUUUGCCCUUCUACAGGCUUCACACUGUACGGUGGUAGGACCUUUGGAUAGGCCAGUCACUCUUACACCUUUUGUCGUUGUGGCAAGGUGUUCGAUAGCUUGGGGUCCAGGAUGGCCAAAGCGAGCGUGCCAUUUCUUAGCGUCAGCUUUUCGUUCUUUUCUGACUGUCCACGAAUUGAAGCGGUGUCGUCGUAUCAUAAAGGCCGUUUUUACGAGAGGAUGGUCGUUGGCGAUAUGUUCGAGUACGAAUUAACCUUCCUUUUCUCUUACAUACGCAAGGACUUGAUUUUUCUCGUUCCGAAGGCAAUCAAAGCCUCUUCUGGUGUCCCACCAGAUUCCUUGCUUUCUUAGUUGUUGGAAAGACACCAGGUUUGCCACAAAGUCCUUGCAGUAUGCCACGUUAUAAAGGCGCAGAAUCUGAAGUCUUCCACCAAGGCCGUGGAUUUCGAUAUCCACUUCUCCAUAUCCUAAGAUAGGUACUUGGUGGGUGCCUGCCCAUAAGAAGUCUCCUGCCGUUGCUUUCCGGAAGUUCACAAACCUUUCUAUCUCAUUGAAAACGUGAAUUGAUGACCCUGAAUCCAAUAAAGCUGAAUGUUUUAAAGGAUAUUCGUUAAUUGACAGUGCAGCCAAAUCCUUUUCCAUGCGAACAUAGCAAGUCGAUUUGCAGCUGCCUACAGCCGACUUAAAGAGUCAAUUCGAACUUGCUGUUUCUCCUUGGAAAGUGGCCUCAUUCUGAGUAUUUUGAGCCGUAGGUUCUCGUCGCUCUUGGGAUCGACUUCUAGAGCGAGAUCGUUCUUUCCUUUGAGAAGGAGCUUGUCCCUGUUCUUUGGUUAGUA